UGAUGCAUGGAAAGCGUACCUCAACAAGGUGAAGCCUUUCAUGAUCGAGCAGAACAACAUGGUGUUCCUCGAGGCCACGGACAUACUGAAGGACGUUGGGUUGAAAGGAGCUGUGGACUAUGAGAGCCCAGCAUCCAAGUCACUUGUGAGCUACGAACUUCGUCGAUACCAGCUCAAGCUCGGAUAUCACAUCGUUCCCCAGUUCCUCAAAAGCUACGGUUGCGGGCUGCCUGACAAGCUGAAUGCGGAUGAUUCUGGGGCGAGCACGCUGGUGACGCUCCUCUACAGCGAUUGUGGAACGCUCAACACUGUGCUGGAACUUUGGAGACAUGAGUCGAUCGAGCGCAGCCAAGAUUCGAGGAAGGCGUCAAGAAAUGCCGAGGGAUGGAAGAAAUCCAUAGCCGAAAUUGCAGAGAUUGCGAACUCUUUCGACAAUCAGUUUCUCCGCCCGACAGCUUUCAGCCCAUGGAAGUGAA